AUGUCCAUCACCAUCGACCCGCCGUCCCGCGGAACGUUACCGGACACAAAGACGACCCUAGAAGCUCGCGCCGCCGAGGCUGCCACGGAAGAAAGAGCAAGGGAAGAACACAUCCUCGCGGCCAAGGCUACACUCGAGCAGCGCCUCGAAGCCCGAGAGGCGGAGGCGGACAGACGAGCCGCCGAACUGGCGUCCGAAAAGGCAGCCCUGGAAGCCGCAGCCGACGCCCAGCGGCACCAGAUCGAACGCCUUCGGCGGGCGGCGUUCACCUCCGGAGAGCGGCUAGCGGCGGCGACGUCUGACCUUGCGGCCGCCGAGACCCUCGUUGGCGCCCUCCGGGCUAAGCUCGCCGCCGCCGACGGCCGCGCGGCGGAACUCCUGGCCUCCGCCGAGGCCGACCGCGCUGACUCGGAGACUCGCGCCGCGGCGGUGAGGGAGGCGGCCGGUAGCGAGCUGCGGCGGACCUCGCUCGAGCUGGAGGCGUCCCGGGAGGCCGAGGCCGGCGCCGCCGCCCUGGCGGAGAGGCUGGGGCGCGCGGCGGCGGCGGCUAACGCGGCUGCCGCGGAGGCGGGUCGGGAGCGGGACGAGGCCCGGGACGAGCUGCGGGCGGCCGUGGAGGCGUGCGAGGCUCUGGAGGGGGAGCUUGGAGCAGAGCGGGAAGGUCGAGAGGAGGCGUCCCGGAGGGUGGCGGAGCUGGCGGCGGAACUGGAGGAGGCCGGCGGCAGGGCUGAGGAGGAGGCCCAGUAUCGCAUGUGCGGUAUGGGAAAGGAGAGGUUGCCGAGGAUUGUAUGGGAGGCGAAGUGGGCAAACAAUAAGAGGGGUAGACAACCCAGGGAAUGGGUCAAGGUUGUAGAGGACGUACGGAAGGGGUUCAAAAUUGACGAAGCUGAUACACUGGAUACGGAGGGCCUAGGAUUUAAGGAGAAGAUAUCUGUUGCUUUUGCCCAGAGAGAAACACAGAAUCUGAGGAAAGAAACCAAAGAUAAGGAGGGGAUAGAGGUGUACGGAAUGUUGAAAGAAGGAGUAGGGUUCAAGGAGUACCUACAUGGAUCAAUGGAUGCAGGGACAAUGCUGAAGGUCGAAUUCAGGACCGGGGACAUUGGCAUUCGAGAACGUAGCCGAAGGUAUAGGAAGGUAGACAGUGAAGACGCCAAGUUCAAAUGUGAUUGCGGCGCCGCGUGCGAAGACCGGGCAGCGGCGUCCGAAGCAGAGGCUGCCGCCCUCGCGAACGCCGAAGCAGCGGCGGCGGCGGCAGCGGCAGCGGCAGCGGCCGCGAGAGAGAGAGAAGAGGAGCUCACCCGCCGGCUGGACGAAGCCCUCCACGCCCUCGACGAGGCUGAGACGCGCCUGGUAGAGAUGCGGCAGUGGGAGGAAGCAGAGGCGGCGUGGGUAAGAGAUAGGGAGGCGUCGAGGAGGAGGGAGGAGGGGCUCGGGGCUGCGAGGGAGGAUGCGGAGGCGGCGAGGGAACGGGCGGACGUACGGGCGGAGGAGGCGGUGUCGGAGCUUAGGAAGCGGGACAGCGAGAAACAGGCUAUCGACCUGCGGCUCCGUGAGGCAGAAAGAGAGCUCGCCUCGGCGCGGCGGCUGCUUCGCGAGGCCGGUGCGGAGCGCGAGCUCUUGCACCGCAGGCUGGAGGAGGGUCGCCAGGAGAUGGAAGAAUGGCUCCAAGGUUGCGCUCAGGCGAGUUGUCUUUUCGAGGGUUCCAUCGACACAGGUCUAGCAACCUCACCUUGA